UUCUAUGUUGUUCACUUUCCCAAUGUAAAAUUUUCGCGGCCAAACAUCAAUUUUUGGACAAAGCAAAUUAAUUUUAUGUAUUUUUGCCCAAUCUUAUCACAUACCAUUGCUCAAUUGUCAUUCACUCUCAUUUCUCACCAUAAGUUGGAGGAGUAAUAAUCAGAGUAUGAUAUGUUCACAAAAAUGGCGCUAUCUUUCUCCCUCAACAACAACACCUACUCCUCAACAAUUUCCAGUUUCCCCAUUUUGUCACCUUACAUGAAGCAGCAGCAGUCAAAUCUUCUUUUCUUUCCACUGAGAAAAAAAUACAGGCAGCAGCAGAGUCGGAGCUUAUGUAUAAUUAGUGGGUCGGAUUCCAACGACAACAACUCUCAAGAUGAUGAAGUAGAUAAUUUGGGGGUCAAAGCUGCAUUAUCAAUGCUCAAGUUCUAUAAACGGGAAAUCUCACCAGUAUUGCCAAAAAGUUGCCGCUAUAUACCAACAUGCAGUGAAUACUCCAUGAUCGCUUACAAGAAAUAUGGAGUUGUUAAAGGCACAGUCUUGACAGCAUGGCGCCUUUGCCGCUGUAACCCUCUAGGAGGAUCUGGUUUUGAUCCCCCUAGAUGGUUUGAUGAAGAAAGCCCACCCCAGGAAUAACACUUAAAACUCCAUUAAAUAGAAAUACAGUUUCUUCUGAUAGGUCCUGCACAAUCAUCUGAGCAAAGGGACUGUUAACGAUGAAGAUUCAUAUAGUAGGAUGUGUUUUUGGUAUUCUUGGAGGAGCACUGCCAAGCAUUAGGAUAGCAAAUCUAAACCAAACCCUUGGCAGAGCACAUUUUAAAGUAAAUAAUCCAAACCAAACCUGCAGUCAGCGGCCACAUUUGAAAGUUACUUUUGUUACUUUAAGAGAUUCAUACACCAUAGUUUAAAUACACUAUUGUAAUAGAAUGGCACAUCCAGAAACGUAACUCCUGAUAAUGAAGUGAAACUGCAAUCAUACGUCUACUUACAGCAUAAUAUCUCAAACUCUUGUCCUCUUAUUCAACUGGAGUUCAAGUUCAAGACUGUAUCAACUAUGCGGUAUUGCAUUUGUUCCCCUUACCCUGUGAUAACCUAGUAGCCACUUUUAACCCUACAAUGUACUUGAAGUGGCACAUUUGAUCCUAUUUCUCAAGGACCAAAAGUACGAAGCUCUUUUUCUUUAUACUGCAGAUAAGCUUGAGGAAAGUAUGAGGUGACUUGCGUCGUUUUAGUGUACCUAAUAUCUGGGAUUAGACCAAUACUGAUCCUUUUACACUUGGAUCUCUACUAAGACUAGUGUAUUCUGUUGUGAAUAAGCUGAUAUUGUGACUUGAUUGAGUUGCUUAGUUUGUACAGAAUUGUUUUCCUA